AUGCAACGACGAAUAAGAUUUCGACGACUGAUUCAAGAUUCUACUGAUCAACAACAACAACAACAACAACAACGGAUGGGAGUAUCACGACGAUCAACUCUGAAUAGACUAAACUCCCCUACAUCAUUAACACCUACCACUACUACUACUACUUUUCCAUCAAGUGUUGAUCCUAUUACUGUUAUAAGAAGUAAUACUAGAGGUUCUUUAGCCCCUAAUACUAAUAACCUUAUCCGUGCUGAUGAUGAUGAUGGUGAUGAUGACAACACUAUUUAUGCAACAACAACAACAACGCAACCAUUACAUCGAUCAAAUACGACAACUUAUACAUCACAUUUUGCUCGACCGAAAGUAACAACAAUAUUAAGUUUACCGCAAAAAUUAUUACGAUGGAUAUAUUCAAUAUCAUUAAUUUUAAUCACUUUAUUAGUAUUAUUAUUAAUUAGUGUUACUAUUCUUGAUGUUGUUAUUCAAACAUUAGAUUCACCAUCUGAUCUGGCAAUUAAAACAUUUACGGUUUUAGGAGCUUGUGGAUUUUUUAUACUUAUAUCAAUAAUUAUUUAUUUUGUUCGACUUUAUCAAUUACGAGUUUCAAUUAAUAAUAUUCCAAAUAAAUCAUUAUAUAUCCCAUUUGAAAAUGAUUUUGCUAAUGAUACAAUUUUCCAUUAUAUCGAUGAUAAAUUAAAAUAUUGUCAUGAAAUUAAAUUUAAAAGUGGUCCUUUACAAAAUACUACUUGUAUUAUUAAUCAUCCUGGAUUAUCACCACCAGAAUAUAUUAUGAAAAGAAAUUCUCAAUGUUUAAUAAAUAUGAAUAAAAAUUUAUUUUCUCCAUUGAAAAAUAACCAUAAAGAAUCAAUUAAUCAAAUCAAUGAAAAUGAUAGUAAUAAUAUCAUUGGUGAAGGAACAUUAUUACCACCUAAUAUUCAUUAUGAAGAUGUAAUUCGAAGUUUUGGAGAUAAAUUUUAUACUGGGAAAAUAUUUACUAAUGAUUCAUUACCUAUUGAAUUAUCAAUUGAAGAAAUUAUUAUUUAUUUAACUAAUCAAUUUUUUGAUUCAAAUAAAAAUUUUCAAAAUAAUCCUAAUAUUAAUAAAUUAAUUUUAUUAUAUGAAAAAUUCCGAUUUAGUAAUGAAUUAAUAAAUCAAAGAGAAUUAAUUGAAUUUAUGAUUGAAUUUGAUAAAUUUGGUCAAAUGUGUCAAAAUGAUUAUCAAAUUAAAUUACCAAGAUCAAUAAGUCAUAGUCGUAAUAAUAGUACUAAUAAAUUAAGAAAAUUAAGUAGAUUAAGUGGCAAAUUUAGUGGAUUUGACUUAUCUGAUUAUAGUAGUACAGCAUUAUUUGAUGAUGAUGAUGACGAGGUGGGAGCGGACUACAAUCAAGAAUAUGAUAGUGAAUAUGACGAUGAUGAUGAAAGUUAUGAUGAUGAUGAUGAUGAUGAUGAUGAUGUUGAUGACAAUAGUUCUUCUAAUAAUCCAUUUCAACAUUAUAAAGUUGAAAGUAAAUAUUUUGAAAAGGCAACAAAUAGUGAUGAUGAUGAUAAUAAUAAUAAUGGUAACUUGGAAACUUCUUCUUCAUUGAAUAUUACUCAUAAUAGAGGGUUACAUCAUCAAAGUAGUUUUAGUAGUUCCAAAUCGGUGAUUAGAAAUAAGUUGGCAUUAGGAAAUCGUUCAUUAUUAUUGAAAAAUGAUUCUCAUGGUAGUAGUAGUACUACUACUACUAAAAGAAGCAAACAACAACAACAACAACAACACGAUGUUAUGGGGGAAGAUAAUUAUGAUGAAGAAUAUUAUCAAUUACUGAGAAGACAAAGUGGAUAUAUCACUGAUUCUGAAAAUGAAGAUUAUGAAUUGGAUUCUAUAAAUAAUAAUAAAGAUGAAGAAGAAGAAGAAGAUGAAGAAGAAGAAGAAGAAGAAGAUGAUGAUAAUUAUGAUGAUCAACAACAAUUUUAUCAAUUUAGAACAGGACAAAGAAUAGUACCGGAAAUUACUAUAAAUCAAGAAAUUAAUCAACAACAAGAAAGAAGAUCAAGUAAUGAUGAUAGUAUUAAACGUUUAUCUCCUACAAGUAGCAUUAAAAGGCAUUUCAGUUAA